UUUGUAUUUUGUAUUCCCAAACAAGCAUUAACCAUUCAGCCAAUCAGCGAGCUUGUACUAUCUCAGUAUUCCUUUGCCACAUCAUCUAGUGAAUCAACCAAAUACCCGACAUGUCGACCUGAUUUUACCCUUGUUAACAGAUCUAAGCACGCAUAAUCUAGCCACAAUGUCCUGGCUAGGCAACAACCUCAAUCUUUCCGGGAGUCUGUCCUCGAUUUCCAACAUAACCGGGCAGAUAUCAAAUUUUACGCGGGAGAUGCUGACUGAAGGCACAGAAGAGAUAGCAGAUCCGUCUGCAGAACUCAACGUGUCACGUAACCGAAUAAGCGAGCUAGAGGCUAUCAUAAACUCCCAGAAAAUUGAGUAUGACCGCCUGAAGCACUUGAAUGAUGAACUUCACGAGAGGGUUGAGGCUACUGAGCUUCAACUACGAGACAUGUGCCAGGACUACCGAGGGCAACUUGCCCGAAGAGAACAAGAAAUCAUUGAGCUGAAAGCUGAGCUCCACAAGAGAGAUGAUCUAGAACCAGCAGGACAAAGACAUAGACAUGACUCUGGAGAAAGCUUUGAGGAGCAUGAGGAAAUCAAAAGUCUGAAAAACGAGAUUGUAAGGCUACAGACAGAAUGUCACCACUGGAAGUCAAUGUCCAGUAACCAGGACAGUCAAGAAAAGCUUCACAGGGAAAUAGACCAAUAUCAGAAUGAGCUUUCUGCACUACAAAGCACUUACUCUCAGAAGAUUGCAAACUUGAACAAGAAAUUCAAGGGUGAGAUGCAGAGAUGGGAAGAUGAGCGACAGGACUACCAGAGGCGGAUAGACGACUUACAACAUGAGCUCAAUAUUCUUGAAGAAGUUGACAAUCUGGAGGGUAUGAAGACGGAAUUGGGGAGUAGUGGAAGUGAUGUGGCUGCGUUGAAGGAAGAACUUGAACUAGCACACAAGACCAUAGAAGAACUUAGGCAGCAGCUGGACAGGACUGUCGAGUAUGCGAAGAAGAAAAGCUGUGAACUUAACACCACACAAAUAAACCUUGACAAGACAACAGGCGACAUGAGGAUCACAGAGAAAAAGCUAGACAAGCUUCAGAAAAAGGAAAAGUUGCUUGAUGAACAAGGAGAAAAAGGAAGUGACAUCACUUAUCUACAUGAACAGCUUGUUGCACAAGAGAGCCACAUGGCCGAAAUGUCAAAUGAGAUAAACUCCUUAAAAGAGGAGCUGCAGCAGCUGGGCGCAGAGCGUGAUGAGUUAGUUGGUGUACGUAACAAGCUGACUGAGGAGGAAGCCAGGUUACGGGAGUCACUACAUGAGGUCAAGGAGGAUGUUAACUUGCUUAGUGCGUCAACAUUGGAGCUGAUGGAGGAGUUAGAGCACUCCCAGGGAGUACAGAAGGAGCAGUGCUUUGAGAUCAACUGCCUGAAGAAGGUAUGCACAGUGAAGGGUGAGGCCAAGGAUGAGAUUAUUCACCUAAAGAACGUCAUCAGUGCUCUGUGGGAGCGGUACUUGUCAACGCUGCACAUGUAUCAACAGGUCAGACACGAGUUACUCAACAGCAAUCACAGGCUCUUGGCGCAGUUACAAGCCAGACAUGUAAUAACCCCUGCUUCUUGCUCUGCUCUGGCUCAGCGAAAACAAGAAGAAUUGGCGUUCACUGUUUGCGACUUGCUGCUCAGCUUAAUCGUUGACAAGGAGCGCCUUGUUGAGCUUGAAACAAAACUCACCAAUACCCAAUCUGUGCGUAAGCAAGUUGCAGGAGUCCGCCACAGACUAGAAGUAGACACUGAAAAUCACCAGAAGCGAACACAACACGAGAAGGACGGCUUGCACACCAAGUCAUCAGAGCUGCGUGCGCAGAUCGAGGAGCAAGAGAGCUUAGUGGAAGAUUUACAGGCAGACAACGAGCAGAUCUUGCAAGAGACGAAGGACAUGAUAGCCGAGGUUGGGUGCCAGACCAUUAAUGACUCACUCGAUGAAAGGAAUGACUUAGUAGGUGCUCUGCAUGCAGAGAAAGCCGUUCUGGAAUCCACUAUUGUGGGACUUCAGAGCAAGGUACAAGACUUGAAAAACGAGAUUCGCGCUCUUAAGGGGAAGCCCAUCAAGGUUGAUAUCAGCGAUUAUUAUUACUCGGAGGACACAAGAUCUGAUUUCCUGGGUGAUGCACCAUCAGGGGACAAAACAAGAUCUAUCGACAGCCUGACGCAUGAGCAGUGGGAAGGCAAGCAGGUCGAAGAACAGAUGGACAGCUUGCCUCAUGGGCAGUGGGAAGGCAAGCAGAGUGACGAACAAAUGGACAGCUUGCUGCAUGAGCAGUGGGAAGGCAAGCAGGUCGAGGAACCGAUGGACAAGCAGGGCGAGAAACAAAUGGAUGUCAAGGCGUGUGCAUAUAAAGACGAAAUCAUUAGUACGCUGAGAGCCCAACUGAUUGAGUACCAGGGAAUUAUUGACCGUCUUCAGGGCAACAAAGUAAACAGACCACCCGAAAGUGCCAAUCCAGACCUGGAAGUAUCGCAGGGUGGAAAGCCUGAUGAUGGUGUCCUUGAUAAAGCUACGCCGUGGGGAAGACAAGAUGAAGGAGGCGCGGAUGACGGGCUUGGUGGGGAUGGGGGUGACAAGGGCACGGGUAUCCAUGGUCACGUGAAUGAUGACGUAGUAGCCUUGUUGAGGAAGCAGCUCGCCGAGUACCAGGCGAACGUUGAGGAGUUUGAAAUCGUGAAAGCCGAUUACGAGGGAGACAAGAAGAUGCUAGAGGGUAUGGUCAUGGACCUGAAGAAGCAGCUCAGGACGCUACGAGAGGAAGCCACAAAGAACGAGGCUGAAAAGGAAGCAAUACAAGAAAGCGGCUGGGAGAGCAUUAAUAACUCGGAGGUGCUGGAUUCCUUGAGAACCGAGAAUGAGGAGCUGAUCAAGGAGAAAGUCGCCCUGGUCAAGUCCCUCCGUUCUCUGGAGCAGCAACUUAUUGAAACAGAUAUCGUAAAAGAGGAUGACAUUUGCGGGUUUGAGAGCGAGACGGAGCGCAUUGACACUCUAAUUCUCAACAUUAAGGAUUGGGUAAUACGAAUGCGCUCUAAAGAGUCCUUUGAACUAACUUCUGAAGGGAGCUCAUUGGUUAGUGUGAGUCUGGACGAUAGCACGCGUGACGGCGAGGGAUACCAGCUAGCCAGGCAGACUAUAGAGGAGUUAGAGUUUGAUAACUCUAUGUUGAGGGAGAAGACGAAUGAUCUGAUUAAUCGCAUCGAGGCUAAGACUACAGAGGUCGGAUUGAUUCAGGCGCAGCUAGAGGAAAAGUGUACGGAACUUGGUAAUGUUGAGUCAGAGAAGCAAUAUCUGGUGAGUAUGAUAAAUGAGCGCGAUGAGAAGCUGUACGAAAUACAAGACAGCUUUGAAGCGCAGCUACUGGACCUGACCUCGUCUAGAGAUAACGAUGUGGAGAUUCUCCGAUCCGAGCAGGAGAGCAUGCAUCAGGUAUUAACAGAGCGUCAACAGGAGUGCGAAACACUGCGGAAUACCACCAACGAACUGAUCACAUCCAUCCAUGAAAAGCAACAGGUGUACGAGGAACUGAGCGAGGAGAACAGAAGUUUGGCGGAGCAUGUGCAAGAAAGCGAGAGACUGCUCCAGGACCUGCGUAACGAGAAGGAAAAUCUGCGCGCCUUACUCGAGAGCAAGGAGCAGCUCGUGAUGUCUUAUUCGGAGGAGAUGAAGAACUUGACCAAGGACAAUAACGAGUUGAGUGUUCUUGUUGAGGAGUACCAGGUGAAGCUGCACGAGAAAGACAAAGAGUUAACCAACUUGUCAAAUCUUGAGUUCGAGGUGGACCAAUUAUCUCGACAGUCCAAGGAUAAUGACUUUAGCAGGCAUUCCAUGGAAGAGAAAAUCGGGAACCUUUCGGGCGACAACGAGAGAUUGAGCACCUUACUGGAAGAGAGGGACCUACAUCUGCACCAUGUGAAGUCUGAGCUGAAGGAGAAGACAUCUGAGGUGGAGUAUCUCGGCGGCGAGCUGGACAGGCUAAAUGAGCUAGUGGGAAGCAACCUUGCAGUACGCAAGGACCUGGAGCGACAGGUAUCGACACUAAAACGGGAUGUCGACAUGCUGAACUCAAGACUACAGAAUGGCGAGACCUCGAUUGAUUCUCUAAAGCUUGAUUUACGAGAAAAGGGGGCCGAAAAUGACUUACUCAGGCUUGAAAUAGCGAAGAUCACAAAGUCUCUGAAGGAGAAGGAAGAUUUGCUGGGGAGUGCUGGAGAGAAGCAUGAAGCUGAAGGGGGAACAGGGAAGGGUGGAGAGUCGCAAGCACAGGUGGCACGGCUUGUGAGGGUCCUUCAGGAGAAAGAUCAAGAAAUAGCCGCCAUGAGGCAGAAGGAGGCGUCCUUGAUUGACGUGGUGAACCAGACGGAUCAUUCCAGUCACGAGGCGAUAAAACAUUACCAACACCAGAUAGAACACCUCACUGAAGAGACCACAAGGUUAAUGGCUGAAGUAGAUGAAAAGAAUGAGCAGCUUUUCACGAUGAACGACAGACUUGAAGUGAUGCAAGAACAGAUGCAGGGCAAAGCCCAGGCCUCUACCAUGCUCCACAAUGAGCACGGGCGACUGUUGGCGCUAAACGAAUCACAAGGUAACGAAAUCGCCAAGCUGCGCGAAAGGAUCGGUACAAUGGUGCAUCGCCUGGAAGAAAACGAGAAGCACAAACAUGACGAGAUCCACCGUCUAAACCAGGAAUUUCAGCAGCACACGAACGCCUCCAAGCAGGAGCAGGAAAGACUCAAGACCCUGCUGCACGAGAAAGACAAACAGAUCAUAGCUUUAGCAGACGCCGCAGUGCCCGUCGUGAAUCAAACACACUUAAUGAGCAGCACACCACAACACGAGGCGGACAGGAGCCAAAGUAGAGCGCUGGACGAGAUAGACAGGAACCAAAGUAGAGCGCUGGACGAGAUUGACAGGAACCAAAGUAGAGCGCUGGACGAGAUUGACAGGAACCAAAGUAGAGCGCUGGACGAGAUAGACAGGAACCAAAGUAGAGUACUGGUGGAGUCGGACAGGACCCAAAGCAAAGCACUGGACGAGGCGGACAGGAACCAAAUUAGAGCACUGGAAGAUAAGGUCCUGGCACUAGAAGGGGAACUAGCGGGCUUGAGUCAGUCGUUACAGGAAAAGAGCCAAGCUCAGGAGCGGUUAUUAUCAGAAAGAGAUAGCUUGCAGCGAAACUCGGAAGCGCUCGAGGCGAGAUUAAAGGACUUGAGCGAGAGCGCCUCUUCUGCUAGCGAGAAAGAUAAUACUAUACGGACAUUAGAGGAUGAGGUACGAAUGUUAAAGGGUAGCAUAGAAUCCUCUGAAAGUGAACUACGGUUGUUAGAGGAGUCGUUUGAGAAUUCUAAGGACGCGUUGGCUCAUGAACUUGAAGAAGUGCGAUUAGAAAAAGACGAAAUAUUAUUAAAUAAGAACAAAGAGUCUAAUGAACUACGAAACAAACUAGUUAAGGCAUUCAAUAGCCUUGGGGAUUGCAAUUUUGCAUUGAAUCCUGAUGGUCAUAUCAAAGUAGAGAAGAACUUUCAGAGCAUCGUCCAAGAAAUUCUAAGCCAAAGGCAAUCAGUGUUACGAGAAAAAGAUAACGAAAUUCGGACGCUCAAAAAUCAGAUCUCCAAUCUCAAUGUUCUCCAACAUUCGUCACAUCAAGCGGAUACUGGUCUAGAGUCUAUUUUACAUGAGAGAGAACAGCUGAGCGAAGAACUAAUGAGGGCGAAUAACGAAAAAGAGGACAUUAUACGGGAGCGGGAAACCACAGUUGCUGAUCUUGAGGCCCAAAUAAUAGAGUUAACUAAUUCAGUAAGUACGAAAGAAAAGUCUGUAACGCAAGAAAUAGAGACAAUCAAACGUGACAAAGAGCGUGCUGAUAAGGAAAUGGAACAACUACGCUCGAACAAGAAGAACCUUGAGAAAGACUUGACCCAAGUCAAGGGUGAACUCAGUAGGUUGGGGUCAGAGGCGGACAGGCUGACGGGACUUGUAGCGGAGGAGAAGGGGAACUCCGCCAGGCUGAAGGAGGACCUUGAACAGUACAAACAGCUGCUUCAGGAGAAGGAAGCGAGGCUUGGCGAGGUCGCCAGAGAGAGGGAGCAGCUUAACAAGACCAAUGAACAGCUGCAACACAAAGUUUUUGAGCUUCAGGGCGAGCUUUCUUCAGCAUCAGGCGGACAGAAAGAGACAGAGGCCAAGAUGGCGCGUGAGCUUGACAGGUUACGAGAACAUUUGAUACAGGUAGAAGAGAGCUACACUCGUGAAGCCCUAAAUGCUGAGGAGCGUGAAAAACAUCUUCGAACACGUCUUGCUCAGGCCGAAGAACAAAUUCUCUCCAAUUCUCACUCGAUGCAGGACCAAAAUCGACAGGCAAGUCAACAAGUCGAGAGCCUGCAGGAGCAGCUUCAUGCGAUCAGCGGUCAUCGCGAUGAAGCUGUUAUGCAGUUAGCCGCUGUUCAGGAGCAGGCUCAGCAAUAUGCAACAUCACUUGACAACCUGCAGAUGGUUCUAGAACAAUUCCAGCGGGAAAAAGACGCCCAGUUGUAUGCCAUCCACGACUCGGCUCAACAGCAAGUGAACCAGGCGCAUGCAGAGGUCAAGCGACUGCAGCAGCGGGAGAACGAGCUACAGGUUCAGCUUGAAAGUAGCACACGAUUGAUGCAUGAGAUUGGUAACCUUAAGCAAGAAGUUGCCCACAAGAACGACGAGAUAGACAACUACAAGGCCCAGGUUGCCAAGCUCGAGGAAGACCUGCAAGUCUGCCAUGUUCGCAUCCGGGACAUUACUACUAGUAAUGAUAACAAAGUGGACAAGCCGCUCCUCAAGAACCUUCUGAUUGGUUACUUUCAUACGCCGGAGGCCAAGAGGGCUGACGUGAUCCACGUGAUCGGAGGACUUCUUGGCUUCACCGUGGGCGAGAUGAAGGAGAUUGGCUCUGGGUCCCAACCGCCUAGCCAGGGAGGGUGGAUCUCGAGUUUGUUGCCAUUCGGAGGACCGCGCUCACCCGGACCCAAGAAACCCACUUUUAGCGGCAUGGACAAGUCUUUUACCGAGUUAUUCGUCAAUUUUCUGGAACACGAAUCAGACGCCCAGUCCCCUUUACAAACACGUCGCGGUGGUACCACAGCAAACCCGCUCCUGUCUGCUAUACCACCACAGCCGUCGCCGCUGGCCGCUAUACGUGCGGGCGAAAGACAACCGUUCGCAAGCUCCACACCCGUCAGACCCCCCACGACAACUUCUGUUGCCAUGGGAGUCGGGCCACCACCCUCAGCUACCGGACAAACACUACCUGUGAUGUCACCUGCGCCGGUUGCUAUGCCAACGGGCGGUCUUUCUCCUAUAGUUUCCCCUGCUGUGAGGAGCUCAAUUCCAGUCCCUCUCGUCACUCAAUCGACGGCCACUUCAAUCUCAAGUGUUCUCAGACCACAGGGAGCCCAAUACUCUGCCCUUAGACCACAGGGUGCCCAGUCAUCUGGCCCCAGAGCACAUGGAGCCCAAUCAUCCGUCAGCAAUCCACUUCUUGCCGGACUGCCGGCGAUGUCGACUUCCUCUCCUUCCCAGGCCCUUAGGAAUGUUCUCUUUCAGGCAGCCUCGCGGUAACAGAUGUUUCGAGUCAAAGCAUUCGAAUGUAGCCCCGCGGUAACAAAUUCGAGUCAAAGCAUUUGAAUGUAGCCCCGCGGUAACAAAUUCGAGUCAUACCAUUUGAAUGUAGCCCCGCGGUAACAGAUGUUUCGAGUCGAACCAUUUGAAUGUAGCCUCGCGGUAAAAGAUGUUUCGAGUCAUACCAUUUGAAUGUAGCCCCGCGGUAACAGAUGUUUCGAGUCAUACCAUUUGAAUGUAGCCUCGCGGUAACAGAUGUUUUGAGUAAUCGGCGAGGCGCUUUUUACAGUAUCAUAUUUUUUCUCUAUUAAAAAUAGAAGGCCUUCAUAGGAGAGUAUAGGAAAACCAUUAAGUCCACAAUCUUUGUACAACAACGUGCUGUCGUAUUAAAUAUACCAAACACUGUUUAAAUCAAUCAAAUCGACAAGAUGUAAACAUUUUAUGAUUACAAAAUAUGUUAUAUAGCCUGUGAAAACAAUAUUUGCAGAAUAAGUAAAAGAUGCAAGGUGAAA